AUGAGCAGGGCGAUGCGGCUGUGCUGCAGUCAGGGCGUCACCGUCCUGGAGCUCAUGAGCGAGGGCCUGAACGCCACGGUGCCCGCUGAGCGCGCCUGGACCCGGGUGGAGCGCUGGCUGCUGGUGACGGUGCUGGGCCUGGAGAUGCUGCUGGGCAUCGCCGGAAACAGCCUGGUUCUGCUGGUCAAGCUCCUGCGCCGGGGCCAGUUCUGCUGCCGGUACUGGCUUCCCUUCCUCAGCCUCACGCUGUCGGACCUCGGCUGCUCCCUUCUCAUCGUCUCGGGCUCCAUGCUGGCCGUCGUGACCGGAGGUCAGAGGUCGCCGUGGUGCGAGGCGGUCAGUCUGCUGAAGUUCGCCUUCGUCACCUCGUCCAUCGGGAGCGUCGCCGUCCUCACUGUGCAGCGUCUGAUCGGCCCGUCCUCCGCCCGGGGCUUCCUCUUUGUCGCCAUGGCGACGGUGUGCCUGGCGUCCUGGGUGACGGGGGUCAUCUUUGGGAGCGUUCCUGUCGUCUACACCUGGAUCAGGUACGACCCUGCGGAGAUGCUGUGCGCCGUCUUCUGGGAGAGCAGCUACUCAGACAUGCUGGUCUACAUCCUCUGUGCUUUCGGCGUCUGCAUCUUCCUCCCAUUCCUCCUCAUGCUGGGCUGCUCCCUGCUGUCAGUCACCGGUUGCCACGACGACAGGCUGGAAGAGACGGACCUCUCCGAAGUGUCUCCUGUCCUGGCGUCCGUCUACGUAGCGUGCUACACGCCGUUCUUCGUGUCCGAGCUGAUCCUGCUGGGCCGGCCGGACCUGUCCCCAGCGCCGGACUGGCUGAGGACGCUGUCGUCCGUCAUGUCCUACCUGGACUGCGGUCUGAACCCUCUGAUCUACUGCUGCCACCAGGACUUCCGGCAGGCGGGACUGGCCUUGCUGUGGACCAGGAGAGCGGUUCUGUCAGAACCGGUUCUCACUGCGGCCUGUAAAGUGGAACCAUAA